AUGUUAAAAAAAGUUUAUGCUAUAGCCACAGUUUCACGUCUAAUUACACUUAGUAUUGCCAUCUUGGCUUAUCCUUUCAUUGGAAGUUAUGAUUCUUCGGCUGAAAUUCAACUCAAUUCCACUAUAAAGCAUAGGCUAUUAACAGCCUUUUUACGAUGGGAUGCACUUUAUUUUUUACACAUUGCUGAAGACGGCUAUAUAUAUGAACAAGAAACCGCCUUCUUUCCUAUAAUGCCCUUAUGUGCAAGAUUAAUAACAAAUACAGUAUAUUAUCCAUUGCAAUCUAUAUUAGAUAGAAAAUAUGUAUUGCUAUUAUCAGGCAUCACUAUAUCAAAUAUAGCAUUUAUUCUUGCUGCUGGUGCAUUAUACAAAUUAACGUUGACGUUAUUACCAAAGAAUAGAAAAUUAGCUUUAUUAUCCUCAAUUGCAUUUUGUUUAUCACCACCUGCCAUGUUUAUGUCAUCAUUUUAUACAGAAUCACUUUUUGCUUAUUUAAGUUUUACUGGUAUGCGCUGGGUAGCUCAGAAAAAGUACUUGAAUGCAGCUUUAAUAUGGGGAGUGACAUCAGCCGUUAGAUCUAAUGCUAUUAUUUAUUCUGGUUUCUUUUUUUAUGAUUUCGUGUGGAUACGAUAUCUUAAACACAAGAAUUAUUUAAUAGGAUUAUUACAAUCAGUUUAUUAUACUUUAAUAGUUUGUAUUGGAUUUGGACUAUUUCAAUUUUAUGGAUACAACGAAUUUUGUGUAAAGAUGACGACUGAAGAAAGACCUUGGUGUACUAAUAAAAUACCUUUAUUAUAUUCAUUUGUUCAAAAAGAAUAUUGGAAUAAUGGAUUUCUUGCUUACUACGAAUUAAAGCAAAUACCUAAUUUUAUACUUGCAGCGCCUAUUAUUUUAUUAAGUUUAUUUGGUUUGAAAACAUUUAGUCAACAUGAUCAUUUACGCUUUUGGACAAUUGGCUAUGUAACAACAAAUGCUAGAAAUGAUGGUUAUUAUCAUUUUAAUUUACUAGUUUACAUGUAUCUUUGGUUAUUCCUUUUCAUGUUCGCUAUUACAAAUAUGCAUAUUCAAGUCAUUAUUCGAUUCUUCACUUCGUUACCUCCUCUCUAUUGGUUUGUGGGACACUUAUGGAUCAAAGGGUUUUCUAAUGUUAAACAACAUAAUACGUCAUCAUCGUUUAUAGCCCAUUCAGUGCUUUAUUACUUUGUUUUAUAUGGUUUAUUAAGUAUUAUUUUGUUUGCUGCUUUCCUUCCUCCUGCUUAA